UCGUAUCAGUUUUUGUAUUUCUAACGAAGCAUAAAAUGUCGUGUUUUACGGUACUCCUGGUUCUUUUCCAAGCUUGUUUUAUCCAGAAUGCAUUUAGUCAGUGUAAUACAAUUGGCGGAUGUCCUAAUAUAGGAAGCAAAGAUGUAAACCCUUUCGGACUAGGCUUGACAGGCCUGGGAGAUUUUGGUGCUAUAAGACACGGAUUUGGUAAUACACUUGGACUCGAAGUAAAUACAGCUGGACUCGGAAAUCUCGGUCUUGGAUUUGAUUCUAAAAUAAAUACUGCUAAUCUACUCGGCACUACCGGCUUAGGAGAGCUCAAUACAGUAGCACUAGGCGGAAUAGAUGUAGCUAAGUUUGGCUUUGGUAAUACUGGAAUUGGAUCUUUUGGAGCUGCUGAGAUCACUACUGCACCAGUAGCUGCCGUUAAUGCCGGUCUUGGUUUUGACAACAUUGGAAUUGGUAUCACUGAAGUUGGUUUUGCCAGCCAUGGGAUAGUACCUCCUGGUGCAGCAUAUGGUGGUACUGGAAACGGAGCUAUAGGUGUCGGAGGUAAUUUCCCAGUUACUGGCGUAACGUCCGUCAACGGCCAGGUACCGGUAAUUGGUUUUGUAGAAUUCAGCGGUGAUAUACCAGCCAGUGGUCUGAUAUUCGCGUCCGGAAACUGCGAUUGCAAUAAUUAUUACAAACUAUAUUAAAUCCAUUACUUUUGUUGACUUAUAA